AUGGAGGAGCUGGCGGAAAAGUAUCCUCACUAUGGUGAAAUGGAUGUUGGACAACUGGAUGAAGAACUACCGUUUUUCGAUAAGGAUCUAAGAGAAAGUGGAACCAAUGAGGAAGAAAUAGAUAUAGGAAAUGAAAUCGCAUAUGUCCAGGAGCUGAGAAGAAGGAAAGUGCAGGAAGAAGCUGGUGAAGGGGACUUGACAGGGGAACAGCUAGCAGCAAAGUAUCCUGAGCUAUCUGAGUUACCAUAUGACGAUCUCAUGGAUAGGGGAGAUAGACUGUUAAAUGAUAUGAUACUAGCUGGGUUGGACGAAGAAGAUUUCAAAGAAAAGUCUGAAGAACUGAGAUACAUCAGAAUGCUGUCAAAUGAAUUCCAGAGAAAGUCAAACUUAAAUAAACUUCUCAACUUAAGAGAUAAGGUGAAAAAGAGAGGGCUAGUAAAGCGUAACGAUAAUAGGAAAUUGGAGUUGUUCAAAAUAUGGGCAAGGGAGAAUGCAGGUGUAUUAUCUGCUGUAUUUAUUUCAUCAGCCGCCGUGAUAGUAGGACUUGUAGUUACAACUAGAAGUAUGGCGUGGAAGUUAGGUGAUGAAUCAAAAAAGAUAAAUGAGAAGCUAAAUGAUAUGGUAAAAAAUCAGAUGAAACUACCACCUGUAUUCCUCAAGUUAGCAGAUGGGCUGGAAGCAGUAGGUGAUAAUAUAUGGAAUAUUAUAGCAGGGGCCAUAGGUGUGAUAUUCCUGAUAUACAAACUAAGCUAA